AGAGAGGCGGGGCAUAGAGGACCUAAAAUAAUAGUGUGGCUUCCCAGGCUCAAGAUCCACCGUGCACAUCACCACCAGACAGCUCAUUCAGCUCUUCUUCUCCUCACAAGCUCUCAUUCACUGCAAGAGCAUCCCAACCCUGGAGUACGGCAUCCUCAUACAGGUUAUGAAGUACUCAGAGCAGAGGAUCCCCACUCUGAACGAUUAUUGUGUGGUAUGGGAUGAACAGCAUGUCUUUCAGAAUGGCUCUAUGCUCAAGCCUGCCGUUUGUACGAGAGAACUGUGCGUGUUCUCCUUCAACACUCUGGGUGUCAUGUCAGGAGCUGCAGAAGAAGUAGCUACUGGAGCUGAGGUAGUGGACCUGCUGGUGGCAAUGUGUCGUGCUGCACUUGAAUCUGCCCGUAAAAGUAUCAUCUUUGACCCUUACCCCUCUGUUGUUGACCCUCAUGACCCCAAGUCUCUGGCCUUCAAUCCGAAGAAAAAAAGUUAUGAGCGGCUACAGAGAGCACUAGACGGCAUCAAAUCAAUCCGAGAAAUAACACAAGGCCCUUAUUUUGAAAUAAAGAAACAGAUGGACAAACUGGACCCGCUUGCACAUCCUCUGCUGCAGUGGAUUAUAUCCAGCAACAGGUCUCACAUUGUCAAGCUCCCCUCCAGCAGGCAACUGAAGUUCAUGCACGCCUCCCAUCAAUUCCUGCUCCUCAGCAGUCCUCCUGCAAAAGAGGCCUGCUUUCGCACCGCUAGAAAACUCCACAGCAGCACGUUCGCUUUUCAUGGUUCUCAUAUUGAAAACUGGCACUCUAUUCUACGAAAUGGACUUGUAAACGCCUCCUGCACAAAACUGCAGCUGCAUGGGGUGGCCUAUGGGAAGGGCAUCUACCUCAGCCCCAUCUCCAGCAUCUCAUUUGGGUACUCGGGAAUGGGAAAGGGACAGCACCACAUGCCUACUAAAGAGGAAUUAGCACAGCACUACAACCAGGUCAACACUGUUUUACAGUGUCGUCCCACACAGUCAAGGUUUCUUCAGAGUCGGAAUCUGAACUGUGUUGCUCUGUGUGAGGUAAUAACUUCCAAAGAUCUACAGAAACAUGGAAAUAUUUGGGUUUGCCCGAUUUCUGAUCACGUCUGCACACGCUUCUUUUUUGUGUACGAGGACGGCCAGGUAGGAGAUGCUAACAUCAACACACAGGACGUCUGGAUACAGAAAGAGAUAUUGGGGGACAAUCAACCUGACUCAACCUGAUUGACCCGUUUCACCACUGUGACGCUUUGAGAAAGUUUACAAGGGAACAUAUGAACUGAAUAUGGGAAAGAAUUACCUCAAACUAGGUGUUUUUGAAGAUGCUAGCCUCCAGUCAAGUUUGUCUUUACGUGGAAACAAGGGAAACCUGUUUUGUACCUUUUUUGAUAAACAUUUUAUUAAUUUAUUUCUCAAUUAGUCUCUACGUCAUGUUCGCUGCUCUACGUUUUUCUACUUCAUGAGAAAAAGUGCUGUGAAUUAUCGUUGAAUUUUAAGUCCAGCGGUUGAAAAAAGUAUAAUUUCCAUAUUGCCCACUGGGGGUCUCUAUUGCCUAAGAAUAAAAAAUCGCAUAAAAAUAAUUUGGAAAUGAAAUAUAAACGGCUUAUGGUUCUAUAAACCUGCCAUUUUAAAGCGUUUACGUCUGCCCUUAUGGACAAUUCAGCAUUAUUAAGUACUGUUUGAUGUAUGUAUACAACAUCAGUUCAUUUUCAUGAGAGUGUUGAUUGAUAUGGAUCCUAAACCUCUUAACAUGAAAUGUUAAUAAGUUUGGUGCUGUGCACUAGAAGGCGUCGUGUUCUCAUUUACUCUUCAGAGAGCUUCAACCGGAGAAGACUGCCAAUAAACGACACAUUACAGAUGAGAAAUGUAACGUAUGAUUGUGUCUAUGUCAAUGUGAAGACGUAAAACUAAUCUGAAGGAGGGUCAUGGUUUCAUACGGCCUAUAUUUGUAUGUCGGCAAUUUUUCUAUAAAU